CCAAGCCUGUGCAAGCGAUACUGUGGAGAAUUCCGUGGGACUGUAAUGUACAGCUUCUACCCUUUCAUAGGUGACAUGCUGCUGUUGUUGUCUGAGCAACCAUUAACAGCACAGUAUCAUAUUUUCCUGCCUUUUGUUCCAUGCUGAAUCUUUCAAUCAGCUGUAGCAGGAUUUACAUGCAACAAAAACAGAAGGGAUUUCUUUUCUGGCAGGAAGAAGAAGCAUGCGCACUGGGAUCUGAUCGUAUAGGUCAGACCUUGAAAAGGCAACAGCAUCCUUCUCAGUAAGGCAAUGCAGGAUUAGGAAUUUUCCUCUGGGCUGGUGAAUAUUGCAAGGCCCCUUGCUUGCUUUGCAUACUUGCCAACUGGAUGUCAGUGCUAGUCAGCUGUUCUCCCUGUUUAACCAAGGGGGAUUUGUUUGAAGUGCACACAUGAACAGGCAGCUCGGGAGCUAGCUAGGUUCGCAAGAACUGGAAGAUAAGCGCUUUGGAAAACAAAAUCAGCAGCAGAAUGCCGGUCUCUGCUACUGCUGUCGGACAGGAAAGGUUUAAGAAGACAGGUACGAGGCCAACUCUACCUGGUUUAUUUACUAUUAAUGAAGAGGAUGAGCAGCAAAGGAAUGGAAAUGCCAGAAAGCAGAAAGCAGCCGACGCUCAGGCUAAACUAGAUGAGAAGAAAUCUCAGGCAUCCAGUCGCCCUACUUCCGCUGCUUCAGGACAAAGCAACAACGCUGGAAACAAACUAGAGUCACUAGUACUGAAGGUUGAUGAAAGGCAAAGGCUCGCUAGAGAACGGCGAGAGGAACGUGAAAAGCAGCUAGCUGCUCGGGAAUCUGCCUUUUUAGAAAGAGAGGAACGGGCUAAGCAGCACUAUGAAAAGCACCUGGAAGAGCGGAAGAAGAAAUUAGAAGAGCAGCGAAUAAAGGAAGAAAAACGACGAGCUGCCGUAGAGGAAAAACGAAGACACAGGCUUGAGGAACAAAAGGAGCGACAUGAAGCUGUUGUUCGAAGGACGACCGAGAGAAGCCAAAAAGCAAAACAAAAACCCAACAGGUGGUCAUGGGGAGGAGCAAUGCACAACAGCACCAUCAACUCCAGUGAUGCAGACCGGCGGUCUGUUUCCACCAUGAACCUCUCGAAACAUGUUGAUCCAGUCAUUAGCAAGCGGCUCUCCUCCUCAUCUGCAACAUUAUUAAAUGCUCCAGACAGAGCCUUACAGAAAAGGAUUCCGAACUUUAUCAAACUUCAGUCAAAGCCACGCUCCUCCUCCCGAGGAAAGCCCUCUCAGGAUCCACAGCCAGGUGUUCCUGUGGAACAAAAAUCAUGUCGCUUGCAGCUCAGCCCCUGGGAGAGCAACGUUGUCAGUCGACUGCUGACCCCGACCCAUUCCUAUCUGGCAAGGAGCAGAAGUGCUGUUUCUUUGUCUGGAGAGACAGUUAUUCCCAUUUGUCCCCGUUUAGCAUCUUGCAGUCCCAUGACUCCAGCAUCCUACAAGCCUACCCACUGUAGAGGUGUGGAAAGACCAAGAACUAUUGUCUUGAGCUCAGAGGUCACUAGCCACAGGAGAACUGUGCAUUCAGUAAAGAUUGAUAAAAAGGAAAAAGAUAAAGAAAAUGAGCAAGAGAAGAAAGGUUUAUCAAGCCUCGCUGCUGCUCCGCCUGCAACCUCUACAGUCGGGAGGUCUCUUUCACCUUCUAAUGUGAGAAGUAGAGCAAAGGCGUCCUCUCCAGCUCGAGUGCCCCACAAAACCCCUCCCUUGCCUGGUACUCCUAAGCAACUGAAAUCCCCUCCCCAGUCAGCUGAGGACUCACCGGCUGACAGCCAUCCACUGUCACCUGGCAACGUGCGGCCAGUGAGAAAUGAGACCAACAGAGUUGAAGAGGGUGAGCAUCUAGUCGUGAGAGAGGAAAGCACAGAAGAUAUGCAACCUUCAAAUAAACCAAAACCAGAUCCUCCAGCACCUACUAAAGACACUGCACCUAAACCAGAGACUCUUGUAGAAUCUGUUCCAGUCCUUCCCCAGCCACAGACACAGGCUCCAGCCUCGCCGCCUCCCCAACCAGCAGUCGCCACGGCAAAACCAUCAGCUGGCACUACCAACCCCGAGGAAGCCACGCGACUGCUGGCUGAGAAGAGACGACAAGCCCGGGAACAGAGGGAGCAGGAGGAAGAAGAGCGAAGGCAAAGAGAGGAGGCUGAAAGGCGAGGGCGAGAGGAGAUGGCUCGCCGGAAGGCUGAGGAGAAGGCUCGUCGGGAGGAGGAGGCCCGACUGCAGGCAGAGGAGAGAAAGAGAAGGGAGGAGGAGGAGAGGCGAGCUGAAGAGGAACAGCAGCAGAAGCUGGCCGAGGAGAGAGCACAGAAAGAGAGAGAAGAGGCCAAGCAGAAAGAAGAGGAAGAAGCUCGUCUGCGGGAGGAGGCAGAGAGGAUGAGAUUAGAACGGGAGAAAAAAUUCCAGAAAGAGGAGCAGGAGCGCUUGGAAAGAAAGAAGCGACUGGAAGAAAUCAUGAAAAGAACAAGAAGGUCUAAUGGUGCCGAUAAGAAACCUGUUUCACAAAGCAAUGGGGAGGUAUCCCAGCAGACCAAAACAGAAGAAACAGUGCCCAGUCAAAUGCCUCAACAGACCCCUCAGUCUGUAAAGAUAGAGCAGAAGUCAAAUGAGGAACCAGCUUCCCAGUGUACACGCAGCAAUGGCCAUGGCAAACUGAGCACUUUGCAUUCACAUCCAGCUCCGGUAACGGAGGAAAGCACUUCAGCUUUUGUUAAACAACCAAAAGAAAAUGGUAUUUCUGUACAGAAUGAAAGUUUUGAAGAGGUGAUCAACCUCCCUGUGGGAACCAAAACAUCAAAGAUGGGUUUGACUGGAGAAGGAAGCCAGGAUGGCAGUGCACUUAUUCCUGUACUUGCAUUCAAAGAGAAUGGGUCUCUGGGAUCGUUGACAAAUGUUGAAGGUGUUCAGUCACAUCAGACAGCAGAAGUCGUCUGAGAAUUCCAGUUGAAAGGAAGUGAAAUGGCCGAAAGCAGCUGCAGUUUAUAUAUG